AUGCUUACAAGGAACUGCCUAUCCCUGCUUCUCUGGGUCCUGUUUGAUGGAGGUCUCCUAACACCGCUUCAGCCACAGCUACAGCACACUUUAGCCACAGAGCCAAGAGAGAAUGUUAUCCACCUGCCAGGGCGGCGCCUGCAUUUCCAACGAGUUAAGCGUGGCUGGGUAUGGAAUCAGUUUUUUGUGCUGGAAGAAUACAUGGGCUCCGAACCUCAGUACGUGGGAAAGCUCCAUUCUGACUUAGAUAAGGGAGAGGGCACUGUUAAAUACACCCUCUCUGGAGAUGGCGCUGGCACCGUUUUUACCAUUGAUGAAACUACAGGGGACAUUCAUGCAAUAAGGAGCCUGGAUAGAGAAGAAAAACCUUUCUACACACUUCGUGCUCAGGCUGUGGACAUAGAAACCAGGAAGCCCCUGGAGCCUGAAUCAGAAUUCAUCAUCAAAGUGCAGGAUAUUAAUGAUAAUGAGCCAAAGUUUUUGGAUGGACCAUAUGUUGCUAGUGUCCCAGAAAUGUCUCCUGUGGGUGCAUAUGUGCUCCAGGUCAAGGCCACGGAUGCAGAUGACCCAACCUAUGGAAACAGUGCUAGAGUCGUUUACAGCAUUCUUCAGGGACAACCUUAUUUCUCUAUUGAUCCCAAAACAGGUGUUAUUAGAACAGCUUUGCCAAACAUGGACAGGGAGGUCAAAGAACAAUACCAAGUCCUCAUCCAAGCCAAGGACAUGGGCGGACAACUGGGAGGGUUAGCCGGAACGACAAUAGUCAACAUCACCCUCACCGAUGUCAAUGACAAUCCACCUCGAUUUCCCAAAAGCAUCUUCCAUCUGAAAGUUCCUGAAUCUUCUCCUAUUGGCUCAGCUAUUGGAAGAAUAAGAGCUGUGGAUCCUGACUUUGGACAAAAUGCAGAAAUUGAAUAUAAUAUUGUUCCAGGAGAUGGGGGAAAUUUGUUUGACAUCGUCACAGAUGAGGAUACACAAGAAGGCAUCAUCAAAUUAAAAAAGCCAUUGGAUUUUGAAACGAAGAAGGCGUACACGUUUAAAGUGGAAGCCUCCAACCUGCACCUGGACCACCGGUUUCACUCCGCGGGGCCCUUCAAGGACACGGCCACGGUGAAGGUCAGCGUGCUGGACGUGGAGGAGCCGCCGGUCUUCAGCAAGCCGCGGUACACCAUGGAGGUGUACGAGGACACUCCCGUGGGCACCGUCAUCGGCGCCGUCACUGCACAAGACCUCGACGUGGGCAGUAGUGCUGUUAGGUACUUCAUAGACUGGAAGAGUGAUGGGGACAGCUACUUUACAAUAGAUGGAACUGAAGGAACCAUCGCCACUAAUGAAUUGCUAGACAGAGAAAGCACGGCACAGUAUAAUUUCUCCAUAAUUGCGCGUAAAGUUAGUAACACAUUAUUAACCAGCAAAGUCAGCAUAUUGAUUAAUGUCCUAGAUGUCAAUGAAUUUCCACCAGAAAUAGCUGUGCCAUAUGAAACAUCUGUGUGUGAAAAUGCCAAACCAGGACAGAUCAUUCAGCUAGUCAGCGCUGCUGACCGAGAUCUUUCCCCUGCUGGGCAGCAAUUCUCCUUUAGAGUAUCACCUGAAGCUGCCAUCAAACCAAAUUUUACAGUCCGUGACUUCAGAAACAACACAGCUGGAAUUGAAGCCAGAAGAAAUGGAUACAGCCGGAGGCAACAAGAGCUGUAUUUCCUCCCUGUUGUGAUAGAAGACAGCAGCUAUCCUGUCCAGAGCAGCACUAGCACAAUGACUAUUCGAGUUUGUAGAUGUGACUCUGAUGGUACCAUCCUGUCUUGUAAUGUGGAAGCAAUUUUUCUACCUGUAGGACUCAGCACUGGGGCUUUGAUUGCAAUCCUGCUGUGCAUUGUUAUACUCUUAGUCAUAGUGGUGCUGUAUGUCGCUCUGCGAAGGCAGAAGAAGAAAGACACCCUGAUGACCUCUAAAGAAGACAUCAGAGACAACGUUAUCCAUUAUGACGACGAAGGAGGCGGGGAGGAGGACACCCAGGCUUUCGACAUUGGUGCUCUGAGAAAUCCAAAAGUGAUUGAAGAUAACAAAAUCCGCAGGGAUAUAAAGCCAGACCCCCUCUGUUUACCUCGGCAGAGACCCGCAGUGGAAGAUAACACAGACAUAAGGGAUUUCAUUCAUCAAAGGCUGCAGGAAAAUGAUGUGGACCCAACCGCCCCACCAUAUGAUUCACUGGCAACAUAUGCCUACGAGGGAAAUGGAUCAGUGGCAGACUCCCUCAGCUCCAUAGACUCUCUCACCUCGGAAGCUGACCAGGACUAUGACUAUCUGACAGACUGGGGACCCCGCUUUAAAGUCUUGGCAGACAUGUUUGGCGAAGAAGAGAGUUAUAAUCCUGAUAAAGUCACUUAG